UUUAAUUGCUUAGUUUGUGGGACAUGCUGUGCCUAGUUGCCAUCUGGAUAGUUGAGCCCUAUAGUGUGGGACAUUGCUUCUGGGCCCGGCGGGUCUUAAACACAUGUCAAGGGGUCAUUGUACCAAUACUGGAACAACCCUAACCCCUACCUAAUGCUAACCUUAGGCCCAGAUACUACACUAAGACAAUGUUUAGGCUUAAGGUUACCAUUAGUAAAGAUUUAAGGUUGUUUCAGUAUUGGUAAAAACAAUAAUAACCCGUGACCCGUGACCUGCAUUUUAGACCCGCCACUCUGGACCUGAAAAUCCUGAAAAUCUUGAACUGAACUCUCACUUGGGGUUGGGACAUGGGGGUGUAAACCUCCAGCACCUGCAUUUGUUUCUCACUGUUUCAGCACCUCUCUUAGUGGUUCCUUGGUGAUUUUCCCUGUUGUUAAAUAUUUUACAAUGUUACCAAGUGUUCCCCUACUAGAUCCCUGAUAGAUACCCGCCAUCUUAGGAGUACCUUUCUGCUCUCUCUUCGACUUCACCAGAUGGAUGGGUGAAAAUAGCUGGAAAAGGAGGAAUAAAGCAAAAUGUUUUUUGCCUUAAUAUUCUCCUGUUAGCGCCAGAUCCCGUGGCAUGUCUGCAGUCUAGCUCAGUCUACUAGUUUCCUUCGCAGGCGUUAUCAGGGUCGUCACGCAACGCUUGUCUCAGUGAGGAAGCGUUGCGUGACGGCCGAAGGAGACUACCGCUUCGUACAAAAUUUGCUACAUUGAAGCGAGGUUUCCAAGAUGGUGGAGCAUAGAGAUAGUUUAUUCUGUUUGUUGAAGUUGUUCUAGUCGAUCUAGUGAUGUUAUCCCGAAGUUUUACACCUUUUCGUCAAGCUGAAACAUUCUCAUGGCUUUUCGGUCGGGUUUGGUCAUCACAGCUUUGCAAGAAUUUCGGGGACAUACAUUGUCUUGAGCGCUAUGCUAUCAAGACCUUUCAGAAAGGAAAGAGAUCCUUAUUACCACUUUCUUGUAGAGGCAUUAAUACUUCAAGUUGUUAUCUUAAAGAAAGUCGUGCAUCAACUAGAAAACCAGAGGAUGCUGUUAAGGACGAAUCAACGAACACUUGUCAUUUCGAUUCAGCGAUUUCUGACGAGGAAGAUGCCGAGAUUUCAAACCCACGGCCGCGUUCGAAGCUUCCUUCAGCUCUAGCAGAUUACACAUUAGAUGAAAACGGUUUCAUGAAUAUACAAGAUCUUGUAGACUUCCUUAAAAAAGAGAACGCCAUAGAUAUAUGCGUGAUCAAAACUGGAGGAAUCAGGCAAAAUUAUGUUGAUUAUUUUGUUGUUGUAAGUGGUGUAUCAACAAGACAUAUAAGGGCAAUGGCGAAGAAUUUGGAGCAAUUGUUCAGAGGUCGAGUGUUACAGGGCAUUGGAAAAGAUGGCCAUGUUAUUGCAGAAGGACUGGAGAGUGACCACUGGGUAGCUUUGGAUAUAGGUAAAAAAGCUUCUUCCUGCAGUUUCACUGACCCGGGAAAUAUUGUUGUGCACUUCUUUCUACCUGAAGUACGAGAGGUAUAUGAACUAGAGAAACUGUGGACACUGGGUCCCAAAUACGAUGACCAGACAAAAGCUAUGCUGGAGGAAGACAAAUUGCGUCAAGCAGCUGAGCUUGGUAUUAAACUGGACAAACCAGUUUCUGAACUUGACGAGAAUCUGGAUGAUCUGGAUAUCGACCCUCUUGGAUUGGAUGAUCCACGCCGUUACUGAGUGUGACGCAUUCAGGAACAUUGGAUGUGCAUGUUUGUGCGGUGCAUUCAAAAACGUUUUUAUGAGCAUGUUUGUGCAUCUGGCAAAAUAGAAUAAGGGAUAAAAUGGAAUAAAAUAAAUGGUUCAUGACUGGAGAAAUAGC